UAAAGAGGCCACUCUCACCUCUCCAACCCCAACCAUUCCUUGCACACGGCAUCACAAAAUCACCAUGGCGCUCAUUGUCGACAAGCACCGGCCCAGGUCAUUGGAUGCCCUCACAUACCAUGGAGAGCUGUCCGAACGAUUGCGGUCGCUGGCACAAAGCGGCGACUUUCCCCACCUUUUGGUGUACGGUCCCUCUGGUGCAGGCAAGAAGACAAGAAUUGUGGCCACACUAAAGGAGCUGUUCGGGCCCGGAGUCGAGAAGAUCAAGAUCGACGCGCGCGCGUUCCAAACCAGCAGCAACCGCAAGCUCGAGUUCAACAUUGUCGCCUCGGUCUACCACCUGGAAAUCACACCCUCAGACGUCGGCACCUACGACAGGGUGGUCGUGCAAGAUCUGCUCAAGGAGGUCGCGCAAACACAGCAGGUGGACCAGUCGGCGAGGCAGAAGUUCAAGGUGGUCGUCAUCAACGAGGCGGACCACCUCACCCGAGACGCCCAGGCGGCCCUGCGCCGGACCAUGGAGAAGUACUCGCCGAACCUGCGGUUGAUCUUGCUCGCCAAUUCCACGGCCAACAUCAUUGCGCCUAUCCGAUCACGUACUCUGCUCGUCCGGGUGGCGGCUCCGACGCACGAGGAGAUCUGCGACGUGCUGGCGGCAUCGGCGAAGAAGGAGGGGUGGCCGGUGGUGAAGGGCCUGCACCAGAGGAUUGCCGAGGAGAGCGGGAGGAACUUGCGCAAGGCGUUGUUGAUAUUGGAGGCGGUGCAUGCACAAAAUGAGAAAGUUACGGACACCACGCCAAUACCGCCUCCGGACUGGGAGGCCCUCAUCGGGCAGAUCGCCAAGGAGAUCAUGGAGGAGCACACACCGGCCCGGAUCCUGCAGGUCCGGUCUAAGCUCUACGACUUGCUGACCCACUGCAUCCCAGCAACCACGAUUCUGAGGACGCUCACCUUCAAGCUGAUUCCCAUGAUCGAUGACGCGCUCAAAGCAGAUGUUAUCAAGUGGGCUGCCUUCUUUGAGCAUCGGAUCCGAACCGGGACCAAGGUUAUCUUCCACCUCGAAGCUUUUGUUGCCAAGUUUAUGAGGAUUUUCGAGAUGUACUUGAUGAGCAUGGACAUGUGAGCAAGGGGGGGUCGGUUAAGGCUUGGGCGUUAUGGGAUGGGGCGGGACGCCAUGUUUUUUGAGGGCUGGACGAAAAUAGCAUAUUACACUUGGUUACACUUGGUUGCUGACAUGCUGUGUAGUGUAGUGGACAUAAAUCACGCUGCCCAACUUGACAACAGGUCAGGGAUUCACACAGCAAGUCGGCACUGGAACAAGAACGUGUUAAUUCGGAUAGGACUCUCCGGUCUUG